GCCAAAGCCUCUCUGGUCGGAGAGACUUGAGUCAGUCGCUGUCCACCAGUCGCUGAGCAGAGUUGUGCUGCGUCACAAAAUCUCUGUCACCCAAUUUCAGGCCACUUCUAAUCACCUCCGGACACUGCCUUUGUGUCUGUGCUGUGUCUCGCAUCGCCUCUUUGCGGCCCCCUUUCUCGCGCCAGUGUUCACGCGUGCCCUUGAGUGCGAGGAGUUUUCCUGGAGGAAAAGGGCUCGUCCCCCAAGUUAUUGAUCCGCGAGUGUGUGAAAGUGGGUGGAAAAAUGCCUUCGGAGAAGACAGUGUAUGAGCCCAAUCCGGCCAUCAGUCGGUCGGCCUAUGUGUCCAGCAUGGAGCAAUACAGGGAGCUGCAUAAGCAGUCCCUGGACAACCCAGCGCAGUUCUGGGGCAACAUUGCGAAGCAGUUCCACUGGGAGACCGCGGCGGAUCCCGCCAAGUUCUGCCAGUACAACUUCGACAUCUCCAACGGGCCAGUGUCCAUCAAGUGGAUGGAGGGAGCCUCCACCAAUAUCUGCUACAACCUCCUGGACAGGAACGUGAAGAACGGCCAUGGAGACAGUAUUGCGUACUACUGGGAAGGCAAUCAUCCGGAUGAUUACAGUCGAUUGACGUACAGAAAGCUGCUGGAAGAAGUCUGCAGAUUCGCUAAUGUCCUGAAGGAGCACGGAGUCAGGAAGGGCGACAGAGUGUCCAUUUACAUGCCGAUGGUGUUGGAAUUGCCAGUGGCGAUGCUUGCGUGCGCGCGAAUUGGGGCUGUCCAUUCCAUUGUGUUUGCUGGCUUCUCCCCAGACUCCCUGGCUGAGCGCAUGAACGACUGCAAAGCAAAGGUACUGAUCACGGCAGACGGCGCAUGGCGAGGCGAGAAAGCUUUGCCACUGAAAGCUCUGUGCGACGAAGCUCUGGAGAAAUGCGAGACCCUCGGGCAUCGCGUUGAGGCUUGCAUCGUUGUGGCUCACAUGAAUCGCGUCACAGCGGGGAAGGAGGGAUCUGAGGAUAUAAAUAUUCCAUGGAAUGAUGAUCGAGACUUCUGGUGGCAUCAGGAGAUGGAGAACCACGAGCCGGCCUGCUAUCCUGAGUGGAUGGAAGCGGAGGAUCCACUCUUCAUGCUGUACACAAGUGGGUCCACGGGGAAACCCAAAGGAGUUCUGCACACGACUGCCGGCUACCUGCUCUACGCCAGCACAACGCUGAAACUCGUGUUCGAUUACAAGCCUGGUGAUAUUUACUGGUGCACCGCGGAUAUUGGAUGGAUCACCGGUCAUACUUACGUUGUGUACGGUCCUCUUGCCAAUGGAGCCACUUCUGUAAUGUUUGAAGGGACACCAUUCUUCCCGGGCAACGAUCGCUAUUGGCAAGUUGUUAACAAGUACAAGGUUAAUCAAUUCUACACUGCGCCAACAGCCAUAAGGGCUCUCAUGAAAUUCGGCGAUGAGCCUGUGAAGAAACAUGAUGUAUCGUCUCUAAGGGUGCUGGGCAGCGUGGGAGAGCCUAUCAAUCCUGAGGCAUGGCUCUGGUACUAUCGCCUCGUUGGCCAGGAAAAGUGCUCCAUUGUCGACACUUUCUGGCAGACAGAAACCGGAGGACACGUGAUCACUCCACUUCCCGGAGCCACACCAAUGAAACCCGGGUCUGCUAGUUUUCCUUUCUUCGGCGUGCAACCGAUUCUCCUGGAUGAGGGUGGCAAGGAGAUUGAAGGAGAGGGUGAGGGAUACCUCGUCUUCUCACGCCCUUGGCCGGGAAUGAUGCGCACGCUAUUCAAUAAUCACGAGCGCUUCGAGACUACCUACUUCUCAAAGUUCCCCGGCUAUUACUGCACCGGAGACGGUGCUCGCCGUGAUGCCGACGGAUAUCUGUGGAUUACCGGGCGUGUCGAUGAUAUGCUCAACGUUUCUGGCCACUUGAUGUCCACGGCUGAAGUGGAGUCAGUUCUGACGAAGCACAACAGCGUUUCAGAAGCGGCUGUAGUCGCACGACCUCAUCCUGUCAAGGGCGAGUGUCUCUACUGCUUCAUCACCCCCAACGAAAAUUCUCCGUUCGAUAAGAAGCUCGUGGAUGAACUGAAGAAGCUUGUGCGCGAGAGGAUCGGACCAUUCGCCCAGCCGGACGUCAUUCAGCACGCUCCUGGGCUUCCCAAGACGAGAUCUGGCAAGAUUAUGCGGCGCAUUCUGCGCAAAGUGGCCAUAAAUGAUCGCGAUGUGGGUGAUAUUUCCACCCUAGCCGAUGAAUCUAUUGUGGAGCAGUUGUUCCAGAACCGCCCCUAAGGCGUCUGUUCUUCAGAGAUCUUACUGUAAAAGCCUAGGAUUAGCCAACACACUGAGAUGAAUGCUCGAUAGACGCAAAGACGAGUUUUUAAUUUAACAUUCACCAUAGCUUAAGUUACUUGUUAGGAAAUUCUUCUGCAGGGCUAAGAGAGAAAUCUGUGAGAUGUGAUGCUGUAUUUUUUUUGAAUAGGACUUUGAGUCGUUUGAAUGAGUUUGUUGUGUAUGAAUAUUUUUUUAUAUUUUACUGUAAAGAGAUGCAUUUUCGCAAUAAUUAAAGAAAAGCUGUUCCUUUGAACAAAAAUUCUCGCAAUAUCUUGUUUUUUACAUGUUAACUUCCAAUAAUUUAUCUUCUAAUUAGUCUUUACGCUUUUGGCAAUAUGUGAAUCUAUUUAGUGUCUAAAUAUAGCAAUGCGACAAAAGUGACAUGAAAUAAGGAAUCAAGAGAAAUGCUAAAAUAUAUUGAAUAUUUAAUGUGUAUUCACAACCGCCCAAAAAAAUACAUAUCAUUCCAGCGUGUCACAUCCCUUUUUUGGACUCGCUUGGAACAAAUUUUACUCUAUAAAUGGAAAAAUAUGCUAUUUAUAUAAAUACAUAAUUGUUUCUUGUUGCUGGCUUAUCAUUCACAUUUUAGAAAGAAGAGAAAGAGAAUGAAAGAAACGUCACUAUUUAACUGAAAUGUUCAGUGCGAAGAAAUAUCUAAUUGUUGAGCAGGAAAUAUACACGAAAACUAUAUAUAUAUUUAGAGAUGAAAAAAACUAUUAAUGUGUUGAAGAUAAUAAUAUUA